AUGAAAUUUAUGACUGAGCUGGAUUUACAGGAACAUGAGAAGAAGCACAGUAGCAAGCAGGAGUUUUUAUGCCAAUAUUGUGAUGAGAAAUUCCUUCAGAAAAAAGACCUUACGGAGCAUCUAAACAAAACUGAUAGUGAUAAGGAUUUCAAGUGUUCUUAUUGCAUUAAAUUUUUUGAAGCUGAAUGCAUCCUCAGAAAUCAUGUAAAAAUUGACCAUGGUGUAAAUCCAUUGAAGUGUCCCCUCUGUGAUGAGGAGUUUCUCUGGGAAUCUCAGCUGAAUAAACAUGUUGCAAGUCAUUCAGGUAAGGGACAGCAAGAGUCAAGGGUAAAAUCCCCAAUAUCUGGUAUUUUAUUAGAAGAAGGCCAGAAGGAAGCUAGGAGUGAAUACAUGGCUGGGAAGUCAUCACCAAAAGCAUUAGUAAAAGAGGAGGGGCCUUCCCAACAGAUACAAAAUGGAUCUCCCACAAAGGAUGCUUAUUCUUCUACUCUCAGUGCAAAGAUACACCCAGGUAGUAAACGAUUUGAAUGUUCAUACUGUAAUAGAAGAUUUACCCUUAAAUGUAGCUUAAAAGAUCAUGAGGAAAGAAUGCACUCUAGUAUUGAGAAAUAUCAUUGUUCUCAGUGUGAUAAGAAAUUCAAGGCAAAGUGUGACUUUUAUAAGCAUAAAAGGAAGACAUAG